AUGAAACCACUUGUAAAGGCUGUGAAAUCUGCCCAUCAUGAAAACAAAGACUGGAAACGUGAAAUGUUUAAAUUUUUGCUCAACUACAGAGCUACCCCGCAUUCCACCACUGGCAAGUCACCAUCCGAGUUGCUAUACAACCGUAAGAUUCAAACAAAAUUACCUCAAGUGACAGUCGAAAAUGAUUCUUCACUUCAUCAAGAGGUGAAGGAGAGAGAUGAAAGGUUGAAAAAGAACCAAAAAGAAUAUGCUGAUUCCAAAAGAAGAGUUAAGUGUGCUGACAUCAAGAAAAGUGAUUUAGUUUUGGUGCGGCAACUGAAAGCAAAUAAAAUGUCCACAAAAUACGAUCCAAUACCAUAUGAAGUCACAAAUCGCCGUGGGAACAGAAUCACAGCAAUUAGGAAUGGGAAAUAUAUAACUCGGAACAUUUCGUUCUUUAAAAAGUAUCACCCCAGACAUGGCAGAUCGUUGGAGUCAACAGAGAUAAUGGAUGAAGAAAAUUAUUCCUCAGAUGAAGAUGUCCACGAAGAGCAUGAACAGUAUGAUGGACUGAGACAGAAGGAUUGUCCGCGGCAGAACAAUGGUCAGAGACAAGAUGAUGGUCCGAGAUAUCCGGCAAGAAAAAGACAGCGGGUGUACAGAUAUGGAAAUAACAUUUAUGAUUGACCUGGACUAAAACAGAUAAGAUACAGUUUAAACAUUAUAUGCAUAUUUUGUUAUAGUUAGUACUAGAGUUCAUAUUUAAAUCAAGGGAGGGAUGCAAUGUUGACAUUAUUGACACUAGCACACACGUGACUAGAAAGUUAGUUAAGUAUUUUAGAAGCACGAGGCUAGGGAACCGGGAAGUAAUUGGAUACGUACUAUGCUGUUUGUACAAGUUGUUUGAUAUCUAUUGUUAUACUUAAAAGUGCUUGAUAUUGAUACAAAACCACGAACAUUACAAUGCCCAUCUUUUCGUAAUUUCUGUUUACCGAGACGGGAUAUUGCAUAAAACAGUCAUAUGAACUCAGAAAUAAUCAGUCCAGGCAUGCAUGAGACACGGCUGAUAUAUGCAUGCAUGGACAAACACUGAAGUGUUAUAAAACUGUAUUGUCUGUUGAAAUACUAGAAAGAUAAAUUCAGUUGUGUAAGGAAAUAUACACUAAUUAUUAAAUAAAAAUUAAUGAAAAUUACAAUUAUAGAAAUAAUGAUAAAGCUAAGCCGAUUUUGCCAUGAGAAUCCGUUCAAGCGGUGUAGGCCUAACUUAAACGACGCGAGAGUGAACAUAUACAGAGGAUUCCAAAAUGAUUGAAUUUCGUGAGUUAGUAUGGAAAUACAGAUAUAUACUCUGUAUAUAUAUUUUUGUAAUUGGAUAAUUUGUGAUAUGAUCUACUUUAUUUGAACAAUUAACAUAAUAAUCUAUAUAUAAACAAAUAUUAUGUAUCUAUGCCUUAUUAUCUCGUAUAUAUUCGACAGCGAUGUCUAACUUGCUACUAAAACAUUAAAAAUGUUUUCACCGAAGACGAAAAUAACACGCGUACACAGAAUGGAAUCUGCAAUAAAAUUUGAAACGUCAACUGAAACCAGAAUUCUUCGAGGCCUCGUUAAACUCCUGAAUACGGUAUAUUUUGUUGAUUUUCUGUUGUGUUUUUUUGCUAUGUAGUUUGUUUUAAGGUGACCAUGCCGAAUUUUUCUGUGAUACGUGCCAUUUUAAGGGAAUCGAACGCACAAAGCUCGUCAUAUUUGUACCAUUUUUAAAUCGCAGCGUUGAAGACGGGAGGGAUUUUUAGAUAUCAAAGUUCGUGGAAGAGUAUCAAAUGAAUGUAUAUAUAAAAAAGAAAAAGCUUUACGCUAGAUAAUAGGGAGCUGAACCUAGGGACGCGUUGUUUGUCGACCGGACGUCGCCGAAAAUUGACAUAACUAAUUCUGACCGCAUUUUGCAUCGUGACACUCGACGUGUGAGGAAGCAAAAGACUUUUAGUAUCUGACGUUUUGUCAUGUGUUGAAGAUUACUACAAACUGACACAAACGUAGUUUUAAAUCCAGUCUUCCCUCGACAAUCUGACGUCGACCGUGUUGACGAAAACGUCACUUGCUUAAGCUCGCUAUAAUAUUGUAAUGACAGUUUUUCAGCUUUACUGGUGUCGAGUAACUCACAAUGGUAUGAACCAAAAUAAUUCACCUUAUAAUAUGAUCAAAGUUGCCUUAGCGACAGUGCAUGAGGUUUGAAAUAAAAGGCCGAUUUGGAAAACGAUAAGCUAAGCAGACGUAUACGAUCAUUUUCUUUCACGAAAAGUUUAUUUUAAUGUACUGUUGAAAUAGAGGGGGAAAAGUCUUAAAUUUAAUUAUCCUUGCACUUAUAUAGAAUAACAAAGCGGUAUUAAAGUCGCUCGCAUUCUCUUUUUCAGACAUUAUAAUAGCAGAAAGAGGCAAUCGGUAAAUCCCACGCAUUUUUGUUUUUAGUAUGGAAUUCUGAUUUAGAAUUCCUUACAAAUUGUCCUCAUAUAGAAUUACGUAUUUAAAAUAUCCUUGUUCGAACUAGAGAGAAACCCUGAUACAGAAUCCAAAGUUAGUACAUGCAUGUCUUUCAACUCUUCAAUUAGAAAUACAGUAUAUAUUUCAAAAUCCUUAUAAUGCAUGCAUGCAAACCAAUUUUAAUACCAUAUCCUCUUCUGUGGAUAUAAAAUGUGAAUAUAGGCGAUAUUGAUUUGGUGAUAGAAAUAUUAAUACAAUGUCAAUUAAUAGAUUUGAUGUCUUACUAUGAUAUCUGUAUAAUAUUAGUCUAGGACCUGUAUAGGACUUUGUAUGCGCGUUUCAUUUACCACAGGUAAUCUCAACUGUUUUAUGGUAAAAUGACCAUGGCGGUCAACAUGGCAUAUGUGCCAAAACCCGAAUCCGGGACGAAAGUCCUGAAAAUGACCCCGCCCUGAAACGGCAGUGCCGAAAUAGCUCUAGCUUCCGAAAAGCAAAAGCGGCAGCCUUUCUGAAGUGGCUUAUAGUGUGUAGAAGGGUUGCUUUUAGGAGUGGUUAUUGGAAGGAAAAAUUUGUGUAAGUAUAAUAUUUUACAAGAAAAUGACCAUUCAUCACCCCAGGUAAAUUGCUAAUUAUGCAUAAAAUAACUAAUAUACAUGGCAGAAAUUAAAUAUCCUUAUUUCCUAAAAAAAAUUAUCAUGGGAUGAAAAACUAUGCUUAAUUUAAUAUAAUUAGUGUAGUUUUCACAAGGAUAGUCAUUGUUUUCUAUAAAUAUAAUAUAUUUUAUUUCACUUACCCCCCACGAAAACACGAUUUCAGCCAUAUUUUGCCGUCUUGUUCGCUUUAUAUCGCCGUGUCUCGCAAAUAACAUCCAGUUGUUAUACUUUUACAUAAUGACAAAUGGCUAAAGGAGAUUUCAACCAAGUUUCGGCAAGUUUUGGAGCAGUGCAGUGUAUUUUAUCUUCGAUAUUGUGUCCUUCGAUAUUUCGUCCAUAUGCCGCCAUUUUAAUGGCUCGCCGAUUCUCUGCCCGAUAAAUGUCACAUCUUCGUCUUCAUAUGUAUUUAGAUUACAGUAUCCAAGAGUACUUCAUUGUAGAAUAGUCCUAAAAGAAAAAUUGAAAAAAUUACUUGCACUUUGAAGGAAAAACCUCCCACAACAAAUUUAGGAUAGGAAUAAAAACAAAUCAUUUGUAAGUCACGCGCAAUCUUCGCGAAAAUUCCUCGUGGCUACUUGACAGGGGGGGACGAAUAUUUUCACGAAACGUUGUUCCCACAGCAACCUAAUUGGAUAUUUGGAUAUAUUAUAUUUAUUGCAUUUUUAUGAUUGAUAAUAAAAAUACGUAAAUAUUUAAUGUUUUUAAUUUUUAUUUUUAAAUCAUAAAAUACAAUAAAUACAAUAUAUUUAGUUGAAACUUGAAUUGCGGUGGUGGCGAACAACGUUUCGUGAAAAUAUUCGCCCCCCCCCCUGUCAAGGAAUUUUCGCGAAGAUUGCGCGUGACUUUCAAAUGAUUUGUUUUUAUUCCUAUCCUGAAUUUGUUGUGGGAGGUUUUUUCCUUCAAAGUGCAAGUAAUUUUUUCAAUUUUUCUUUUAGGACUAUUCUACAAUGAAAUACUCUUUAGAUACUGUAAUCUAAAUACAUAUGAAGACGAAGAAGUGGCAUUUAUCGGGCAGAGAAUCGGCGAGCCAUUAAAAUGGCGGCAUAUGGACGAAAUAUCGAAGGACACAAUAUCGAAGAUAAAAUACACUGCACUGCUCCAAAACUUGCCGAAACUUGGUUGAAAUCUCCUUUAGCCAUUUGCCAUUAUGUAAAAGUACAACAAGUGGAUGUUAUUUGCGAGACAUGGCGAUAUAAAGCAAACAAGACGGCAUAAUACGGCUGAAAUCGUGUUUUCGUGGGGGGUAAGUGAAAUAAAAUAUAUUAUAUUUAUAGAAAACAAUGACUACCCUUAUGAAAACUACAAUAAUCAUAUUAAAUUAAGCAUAGUUUUUCAUCCCAUGAUAAAAUUUUUUUUAGGAAAUAAGGAUAUUUAAUUUCUGCCAUGUAUAUUAGUUAUUUUAUGCAUAAUUAGCAAUUUACCUGGGGUGAUGAACGGUCAUUUUCUUGUAAAAUAUUAUACUUACACAAAUUUUUCCUUCCAAUAACCACCCCUAAAAGCAACCCUUCUAAACACUAUAAGCACUUCAGAAAGGCUGUCGCUUUUGCUUUUCGGAAGUUAGAGCUAUGUCGGCACUGCCGUUUCAGAGCGGGGUCAUUUUCAGGACUUUCGUCCCGGAUUCGGGUUUUGGCACAUAUGCCAUGUUGACCGCCAUGGUCAUUUUACCAUAAAACAGUUGAGAUUACCUGUGGUAAAUGAAACGCAUACAAAGUCACAGGUCCUAGACUAUAUAGACACUGCAUGAUUUUAGCAAUAGACAUUAUGCAUAAUGGCGUUACAAGGCUUGAUGCCCGCGAGGAAUGAUGGUCUUAGUAGUCAUCGCCCGGGAAAAUUUCGAGAGCGGCCAUUUUUAAUUGUUUAAUUUUCGUGGGCGAUGACUACUAAGACCAGCAUUCCUCGCGGGCAUCAAGCCUUGUGAAGUCAUUACGCAUAAGGUCUAUUGCCUUGUUAAGAAAAGUGGAAAUUGUUAACACUUACAUUUACUGUAAGGACGCUCCUAUACCUUUCGUCUAGAGUUAGAGUAAAAUACUUAAAACACUCACCAAUAAUGCAUAAGCUUUUUGGCUAGUCAUGUGAACCGUACUAUGUCACUUGAAGUGUUUUUAUACCUGAUGAAACUCUGCAUCUUCGUUAGUAUUCUUUAUAUAAAGUCCAUCCUAAUUAGUAUUUUUUAUAUAAAGAAUACUAAUGAGACGACAUCUGUUGUAGUCGUGUUUUGUCAUAAAUAUAUGAUAAGAGACUCCUACGCGUGCCCUAAAUUGUAUACUUAAGAUUCCCGUCAAUAAAUAAGACCUAUAUGUACAAUCAAUUUACAUCCAGCGUUUUAACAAUUAAUGGACGUUGUUAUAAGGUCAUGACUGCUUCCGGAUGGACAUAUUGAAUGGGCAACCAUUAAAUUAUAACUGAUUAAGCUAUUCUAUGUUAAAUGAUUAAUUAAAUUUAAAUCUAUGCAAUUCGGUGCUUGAAAUGAGAUUUUACUAUAUUUAUUCGCUUAUUUUGUAGGAGAUAAAUCGGCUGCAAGAAGAAAAUGGGCGGUUGAAAGAAAAAAUAAAAAUCAGUGAGACAAUGGUAAGUGUUUUACGUUUAGUUAACAUGUUUUAUGCAUAUGUUUAUGCAUACUUAACAUGUUUUAUGCAUAUUACAGUCCGAUAUCCCUGAAAAUAAAGCAAUCUGAUUGGUUGGCGAGCGGUCAGGUUUUUUACAUCCGACUGGCUCAACCAUGGAUCGCUCCGGCCUUUGCGCAUUAUUAAAAAAACUGUCUAAAAAUUUUACCAUAACGAUAGUCGGGAAAGGAAAAUUAGCCGAAUUCACUUCUGUAUACUUCAUGUUCAGCUUGAAGUACAGCAAAUGCAUUUAAUCUACCGAAUCUUUUUAAUCUAUCGUUUCUUUCCCCAUGUAUGCUCUGAAAUUCUCGGCACGCCUUGACUUUCUUCUUUUUUUACGUGCAGUGUAAGCAAUAAUCGUAAUAAUAUUUUCGUGAUGUGAUUUUGUAGGCAGCUAGCGUACUUGAUGAGAAAAGUAAGUUAAAAGCUGAUUUGGCAAAGACGCAAUCGGAACUGUUAACAAUGUCGCAAUCUGCGGACGGAGAUGAACUCAAGGAACUAGAGAAGAGAAUGGAAUCCGUAAAACUGGAAAUGGAAAGUGUUAGAAAAGUUAGUUUAAUUUAAAAUAUUUUUAUAUAUGACAAUAGCGUAGGAAUCGAGGGAUAGUGUUAGAGGUUUGUAUUGCUUUCUGCACACAGUUUUGUAUAGCAUAUAGACAGUAUAGCCGUUUUAUGUGCCCGUUGAUCUAAAUAGAUGGCACAAUAAAUCGACUUGUUUCUCACUAGUGCAAAUAGAGAAACCAGUUGAAGAUUAUUAGACUGUAAAGAUCUGACAAUACCAAGGUACCAAACGAAUGGGCAAACGUGCGUCUCCUUAAAACAUAUUUGAAGAUUUGAAAGUGUCUGAAAAUUAUACAACCGUCGUUGCCAGUGUAAGUAGAGACAUUAACAGAUAGCUGUGACGUAAAUUGUGAACAACUACCUGAAAAUUUUCAACAAAACGUUUACAUGAGACUUGGACGAAGUUAAACCGGUAUGAAAAUCAAAAUUUUUGGUAUGUUCACAUGAGACCAUUACGAAAAUCGAGAAUCUGUCACUCAUAGACGGAUUUUCAUAUUUAUUACUGGGGUGGUGCCAGAAAUUUUAGGGGGUGAGCCGUGAGCAGGUGACUGAAGCAACACAAAAGUGUCACCAAACCCCAGUACGGUCUAUAUUCUAUAGGGGUGGAGCACUAGAGCCGCGAGGGAGAGUCUAGAGAGCAGAAAACAAAGUAUCACAGGAAAAAUUUAAAAAAAAAUCAUGAUUUCUAGCUUCGAAAAAAAGUUUUUUGAAGUUGUCAAUUUGUCAUAUCAAUGGAUUUGGCAUGUCCGAUUGUCUGUUGAGACUUGAGAGAGUUAAAGACUUAAAGUUAAAUGAACCUAUAAAAGUGUAAACCCAAUAGGCCAAUACACAAUAUGCUUUUUCUUUUAUAAAGUCAUUGACAUUCUGUUGUUUGAAUCCGAGUACAAUUUAUGAUGCAAUUAACUCCGAUGUAAAUAAUAUUUGGGGCGUAAAGAUUAAAUCUAGGCAAGUCUAUUUCCUAAAAGAAUUAAAAACUAAAAAUAAUGUUCGUAAAAAUUCCAAACGUUCCUUGCGUGCAAGCUAUUCGCAUGACAAGGGAAGAUAUUCAGGGAAGAUAAUAGAGUUUCAAAACUUUACAAUUGCUCCAAUAAACCAGUGAAUGCAAGCGAGGAGCGAUUAGUUUCAGAGUGUUGCACUGUCUUUUUCUGUUCAAGUGUACUCCUACGUUUAUUUUUAUAAUCAACACUCUGCACGUUGGAGUGGACUAUUUAAUUAUUUAUUUAUUAUGCCGAAUAUUGGGGGAUGAAACUUUUUUUUGGAGUGGUGGACAUUUUGUUUGGGGGGGGGUUAUAGCUAAUAUUGGGGGGUAGCACUGCACCCCAGAAAAUCCGUCUAUGCUAUCACUUUAUUCCCCUUUCCCGCCAUUUUUUUUACAGUGCUUUUGUGAGCAUGCAUUGUUCCGAAACCAAGAGCACAGCCGAGACUGGUCUGAAAUGCAUUUGUGUUUACAUUCAUCCCGCUCGGAAUUCAUCCCUGUCUGGUUCGGUCCAGCGAGCGGGUUGACUUCAGACCGGUCUGAGCAAUUUCUCGUGCCGUUCUCAUGUAAACAUCUAUUAUAUACUAGAAAUACAUGCAUGCAACAACCCCUCGCCUAUAUUCUCCAAACAUUGUUUCAACAUGAAGUAUUCCGCAUAAAUACGCCAAGACCACAAAAUACUACACAGAAGUCCAUCUCCAUUGCUUUUUGCGUGAGCUCUAUUCGUCAUGAUUCGUCACUCAGCAAGUACCGUAAACAGAAGCAGUCAUCCCCCCCCUGGAAAUACUAACACGGCGCACGUCCAGGGGGGUGACUGCUUCUGUUUACGGUACUUGCCGAGUGACGAAUCGUGACGAAUAGAGCUUUCGCAAAAAACAAUGGAGAUGGACUUCUGUGUAGUAUUCUGUGCCAACACUGAACGCAGGCUCGCGUUGCACGUCAUGUUAGUCAUGGCAACACGAUAAUUUUUUUUAAAAUUUUUUGUACAAACCUGCAAAAAAUAGAUGAAACUUGAACACUUUUAAAUACAGAACUAUCAUUUUCUAAAAUAUAUAAAGUAGGUAUAUUAUUUUGGUUUCUAUGGGCUUUAUUUUAAUGUAAAAUUCGAAACGAAACUACGUAUUAAAAACGUUUUUAAAUGUGAAUUGAAAUUAACGGCUUUUUAUUUUGCCGAUAUUAAUCACUUCAACCUAUUACUUGGACUUUGAAAUGAAGUAAAUUUAAUUCCUACAGGACGCUAAUGAAAAUAAUUUGCUUUCCUUUUUAUCAUGAACUUCUACAAAAGUUAAUUUAACUAAGAAACUUUCGCACACAACGGCAUAGGAAAGACAUGAACAACAAGAACAGAGUCUAUAUUAAUACAAAGUCAUGCUUACAUAAACAAUUGAAACAAACUUGCCCUAUACUUUAAAAUUUAUCAUACUAAAUAAAUUCUUAUUAAUGUUUACCUUUAAAAAUUGAAGAGAAGUGCUACAAUUUGUUAUGUGAAACGAUUUUUCAAGCUUUCUUACAUAUAUUUUCUAACUUUUUCCCUUCUUCACUCCUGGCAAACAACCAUAUUUUGAGGUCAGUGAGAUGACCACCCAUACACCCAUGAACCGCGCCCGCGACAUUUGAUGAACUUUAGACUUUGCUAGUGUGUUCCUUUCCCCGGGUGUAAAUAGCCGGGUGGAAUUAGUACCCUCGCCCCGGACGUACGCCCGGAACGGCGCUGGCUCGGGGAUAACACUCCAACCAAAAUAAAAUCGUCCCGAUUUGAGUUUGUCCUGAUCUAACGUAUACUGGGCCUAAUUUUCCCUAUCAACACUACAAACUUCACGAGGAAGGGCCAAUAAUUUCUGAAACCCUUUAAAAUGAAAACUAAAUAACCGUGCAAACGCUUUCCUAAUGGUUAGAGUGAGUUCUAAUUUUCGUUCCUUUUUUAUUCAGGCUAGCUCUGCUGGUGGUGAUAACGCUUCAGAAAUAACGGACCAACUUACUAAUGCCAAGGUAAUAGCUGGAACUUGAUAGUCCUAGCGCUUUUGCGUCACAAUUGUAGAAUACUUGCAAAAUCAAUAUUGAUGAAUUAGAGUGCGACAAUAAUUUGCCUAAUUACGUGGCGGAGGUACUACCGUACUGUCGUGUUCUACGAUCUGCAUGGUACUUUAUUACCACGCAUCUAUACGCAAUAUGCACGCUAUCAGCUUAUUUUUGCUGGUACCAUAUGGCCUUUCCAAUGCCAAUGCAUUCAAAAUCGUAAUUAAGUGGGUAUAUGUGCGAGUCCGACGUGCCUUCGCACCAGACAUGAUUGGAGUGAUGGGACUAACGAAUGUUAAUUGGAGUGAAUUACAGUGUUUGUAUAUGCAGUUGCAUGUGCUUCUUUUAGUUUUAGGUUACUGUAUGAAUAUCUUUCAAAAACCCUGUAUUUUUUGUAUCUCAUUUCAAAGACUAAGUACACCUCACAUCUUAAGUUAGGCAAUGGCCAUUGAAGUACCAGUCCAGUACGACUAUAAAUUGUCUGGAAUUAUGGCAUCUUGAUUUCAGAAUAAAGUUGAGAAAUAUGAAAUAAAUUUCAUCUGUGUGUCCGUCCUCUAAUAGAGCAAAUCUUUCGACCAAUGAAAAGGCAGAAUAAACUCACUUGAUUACAGUUUAACAUAGCCUAGCUUCAUAAGUAGAUUUAUUGUUCUGAAACAAAUUUAAAUCUUAUCUGUUAUAAACGAUUUUUCAGCAUGAAAUUUUGCGUUUACAACACGAUUUGCAAGAGAAGGAGAAAGUAAGUGGAUUGAAUUUUGUCGUGGAACAAAUAUUUUUAUAGCAUUUCUCUGUGAAUUUAAUUUCAAUCUCAAGGAUCACACCCUUAAAUUAAAGAUAUAUUGGAGCUAUAACACCUUUUGGGGGAUCGCUCUACCAUCUGAGCUAUUUACGAGGUCAAGUCGGUUCGGGUAUUGGUGAUAUCUCAAACUCAUUCUAGUCCGUCAUAGUCGUAUCGAUCCGUGGUAUAGUUGGGUGUAAUUACGUAUCCCAUUGUGCUAAUAUAUUCCCUCUAAAAAAACACGUACUGUUUGUUGGAAACGUAUAACGUAAUUUAAAGGAGCAAUGUCACCUUGUGGGCAUCUUUUCAUCUGUUUGUAUUUUCCCACUUUUUGCGCACGAAAACGUGAAAAACUACGGCUGACCAGCAGUAGUUUUUCAAGUUUUCCAAUCCAACAUGGUGGAUUCGCGAGGCGGAUUCACAAAUUAUAUGAAAAAAUAUGUGUAGUUUCGUACCGUAGAGCUUGCCGUAGAGAACUUCGAGAGAGUCUUUUAGGCACCGAACAAUUUCCGAAAUUUUGUUGGUAUGCGCAAAAAAGAUGCGCAUCAGGUGACACUGCUCCUUUAAAAUAUCAGGAAAUUUUUACUCUUUUCACCUUCCUACCCAACGAUAUAAACAUUGUUUCGUUAAACACACUAGAAAACUGUACCUUGUAUUACGAUGUUCAUAUUAGGGCCAUUUAUACGAGACAAAAUAAGACGCGACUUACAUAAGACGCGACUUAAAUAAGCGGAGUUAUCGCAUAAAUGGUUCUCUAGGGCGUUAUUCUUAUUUACUUGCUAUAGCUAUAAUGUUGUUUCGGGUUUUUUUUUAAUAUGCAAGGCUAAUAAUUUUAAGUUGUUUCAAGUUUCUGGCAUGUGUAGUUAAACUUUUUGUCCAAAAUUUCUUAUUUAAGACGCGACUUAGAUAAGAACAGCUAAAAGGCCUGUUCUUAUGUAAGACGCGUCUUAUCCAAGACGCGUCUUACAUAAGAAUUUUGUACCUUUUAUACGACAAACUCGCGUCUUAUUUAAGUCGCGUCUUAUGUAAGUCGCGUCUUAUUUUGUUCCGUAUAAAUGGCCCUAAUGUCUUUUUAGGGUCUAUUUGUAUUUUCCACUUUGUGUUUAAUUCCCAUGCACUAUAGAUCAAAAUUGGCAAAAAUAUCUAUCCCGGUCAGGUGGGAUGAAGCCUUGCUAUGAAAAAUUUUAUCUGCUUUGACUCAGAUCCCACCUAGCCAGGCUAGGCCGUUUCUCAUAUGAAAACAAAUUACUUUGUGUAUUGUAUACGUUAAAAGAGUGCUUGCAGAUCUCACUAAGGCGAGUGUUUCCUUUGCAGGAAUUGACGAAGAAAUUUAAUGAAACGACACAAUAUAUAAAUAUGAAGCAAAUGCUGCAGACUAAGAAUGAACAGAUGAAGAAACUUAGACAAAGACUAAAGAAGUAAGUUAUGAUAGUAUUUUUCAUUUUCGGGACUGUUUUUAUGAUGCUGACUGCACACGUAAAAACGCACAAUUUGUUACAGAUCAGCAAACAAGUUGUAACGAGGCUGUUGUUAAGUUGAUAUCAGGAUGUGUUCGCGCUACUUCUUCACAGAUGUUGUGACAAAGUCUUGAACAAUUUGUUAUCACCUUGCUGCAACAUUAAUGACGGUAACAAUAACCCCCUCCCCCGUUGCACUUACCUGUACCAAAGCAAAGAGGGCCGAUUUGUGGUCAUGCAUAUUUGGAUAAAUGCAAUGUAGCCCUCUGUGCAACAAGUGGAAAAUUAAGUUCUCUGUAGGAUUGCAUGGCGAUAAAACAUAACUAUAUAAUACAUUUUAUCAUUCACUUUAUAGUAUUCUCAAUUUUCAUUGGUUAAUUUACCUGCAAAUAACUGCGUGCAAAUAAUAGUCUGAGCAUGCGCAUUUGUUAAAAAUGUUGCUCAGCUACAAAUAAUAGUCUGAGCAUGCGCAUUGCCUUCAAUUUUUGUCUUGCUUACUUGAAGAAAAAAACGCGGAAAAUAAAAAAAGAGACUAAAACAGCCGUCAAUGUAUUUCGCCAGCAUUUAGAAGCAAGGCUCAAAAGAAACUCUUGCCAACGUCCUUCGCAAGUUUUGUGCAGAAGCAAGAAAGAGAGACUGCGAAGUUAUAUUAAACGAAAGAUAAAAUGAAGCUUUAUAAGUGAAUGAUAAAACAAUUAUUGAACUCGGUUCUCGCAAAAUAUCGUGAUUUGUCCUCGUCCAAUAAUUGAUAAUUGUUUGUGGAAACACCACGUAAAUUUAUUACUACAACACUUUCGAUCCGUAAGCCCGCGUCUUCAUCAGUUCCUUAUCCGGGCUUACGGAUCGAAAGCUUUGCAGUAAUAAUUUUACUUGGUGUGUCCACAAACAACAAGUAUUAUAAGCGGAAAAAAAGUUUUUCCACUUUGCGAAAAGAAUACACUCGUCAGUAUCUAAAAGAGAUCAAAAGUACACAACGCAAAAUAGAACAGGAAAUGCUGCUGCUACCAGUGGCUUGGCUAGGGUCAUGCUAAGCAACUUUUUUACUUUGUCUCGGAAAAUGAAACUUUCGGUAAAACAAAAACUGUUUUCCUUGGAAGCAGACACUGGGUGUAUAUGAUGUUUUUAUUUUUAGAUAUGAACCCGAUUUUGAAUCAUGA